AUGUGUGAUUCGACCGCCAUCGCACUAGGCGACCGCCAGGCAGACGUCAGCACCCAGACCUAUUCGCCAUGGCAGGGAGGCAAGCGGUACCACUACGACGUGGUGUCCCACAACCUGGCCAGGCUUGAGGAAGGCCAGAGCUCUGGCAGCGUCUUCCGAGCACGCUUCCUCAUCCGCGCACUCACCCCUGACAAGCUACAGGCCAAACUCGAGGACGCUCAGCAUGCCCUGCUCCAUCAGGACAUCCCCGACAUCCGUCACCUGCCAAAAGACCUCAAAUACGAGCCAGUCCCCAAACUGGACCAGCCUUUCGAGAUCAAAGUAGAAGGCGGACGCGUCCUUUCACUCAAUUUACCUACAACCUUCGCCUUGCCUCAAGAAAACUUGCUCAAAGGUCUCAUUGGAGCUCUGCAAGUAGACUUAUCCACUCACCGAGUCAUGCACAAUACCCAUGACCAAUAUGACAAGGAAACACAGCAAGGCCAGUUCAGCAAAAUGGAAACUGACGUCACUGGUGACUGCAAGACCCUUUACACCGUUACACCCGUCGCGUCCGAGUGGCACCGUGAACUGGCCCAUUUGAAGCUCACUGAAGAACCCAUCGAGAUCACAAAGAGCAAGAACUACGGCCACUGCCACCACAGAGUCGCGUAUCACUUCGGAGUGCCCAAAGGGUCCGAAUGGACCGGCGCAGCACACAAAACGCACGAGGAACAGCUGGUCAGACGAUCCACUGUCUCAAGGAUCCUGGCAGGCAAACAAGGCCCCAUUUACAAAACUGAAACCACCAGCACUGUUCAAGUCAACCCACUUUUGUUCGGAAAACAAAAAGGAGAGGUACUCAGUUACAUCCAGAUGAAUCUAGUAACGCUGGAAGGGGACAAUGAACCUGCUUGGCCAAAUGUUGAACAAGGUCGCGCUGUAGAAAACCUUUUGUACUCCAUGAACAAAAAUCCCGUUACUAUCCAAGACAGCUCUUCUUCGUCUUCAUCGUCAGAGUCUGAAGAACAUCAGAGCAAUGAGGGUUCCGUCAACUCCAGAUCCCGUCGUUCCGUAAAGAAAAUCGUGACCAUCAACAAAGUUAUUGUAAAGCGAAGCGAUGAGGAUUCAAGUUCUUCAAGCUCCAGCCGGUCUUCUGGCCAGUUCGUUAACGAUGACCUGCCCACUCAUAACGAACCUGCUUAUGCUGCACUUUACAUGAGCCCUCAGCCGCGUGCUGAUAACAAACAGAACCCUAUGAACGUGCAAAAGCUCGUCCAAGAUAUCUCUCAACAGCUGCAGAACCCCAGCAAUAUGCCAAAGAACGAUUUCUUGUCAAAGUUCAACAUCGUGGUCCGCAUCCUUGCAUCUAUGAGUUACGAUCAACUGAACCAAAUUAGCCGCAGCCUCGAGAUUGCCAAGUCCUCAAACAACAAUGUCAAGGCAGACAUGUGGAUGAUAUACCGCGACGCUGUUGCGCAGACAGGCACAAUUCCCGCAUUCCAAAUCAUCAGGAACUGGGUCUUAACCAAGAAGUUACAAGAAGAGGAAGCUGCCCAGGUCAUUGCAAGUCUCGCUGCUUCACAACGGUACCCCACUAAGGAAAUUAUGGUUCAAUUCUUCAACUUGGCAAUGCACGACGAUGUGAAGCAACAGAAGUACCUGAACAGCACUGCUCUAUUAACUGCCACCAGGUUCAUCAACCAGGGUCAAGUCAACAACGAAACGGCUCACCAUUUCUACCCCACCCACAUGUACGGCCGCCUCGCAAACAAACAUGAUCCGUUUGUUUACCAGCAGAUCUUGCCACGUCUAUCUCAAGAGUUGAAGCGAGCUGUUGAGCAAAGCGAUACCACAAAGGCUCAAGUGUACAUCAGGGCCAUUGGUAACUUGGGACACCGUCAAAUCCUGGAAGUGUUCACUCCCUACCUGGAAGGCCAUGUACCAACAACGACUUACCUCCGCCGAGAAAUGAUCAACAGUCUGGACGUCCUUGCUCACCAACAGGACAAGUUGGUGCGCUCCGCGCUGUACAAAAUCUUGAAGAAUACCGCCGAGCCUUACGAAGUGAGGGUUGCUGCUAUUCACAACCUGUUAAUGGCGCGACCAUCUCCCGCUAUGAUGAUGACCAUGGCUCAGAUGACUCACACCGAUCCUGCCAUCCACGUGAGAGCUGCUCUAAGGUCCAGCAUCGAAUCUGCGGCUGAACUGCAGACCCCACGCUACAUGGACUUGGCAAGAACCGCAAAUGCUGCUAAAUGGAUGUUAUCAAAGGAAGACUUGGGUGUGCAAUACUCGGGAAAGAUACUUCAGGACUCUUACAGCGAUGAGUACGAACAGGGCAUCUUGAGCGCUUUAUCUUACACUGGAAGCCGGGACAGCUUAUUCCCUAACUUCUUCAAGUAUUCUAUAAGGAGCAAAGCCUGGAAUAAUGCCAAUUCGAUUUCAGCUUCAUUCUCAAGUGUGCGCCAAUUAAGCAAUUACAUUCAAGAGCAAAUAAGAAAGAUGAACCAGCAAAGUGAGCAAUCUCAACCCAACCAGAGAUACUCACCGGAGAAAAUAUCUGAUGAACUAAACAUUAAACGCAAGGAUGACAAGCCCUUCGAGGCAUCUUUCUAUGUAGAUAUCUUGAACCAGCAGAGAUAUUUUGCGUUCAAUGAAUAUGACCUGCAACAGCUUCCUAGAACUAUCUCCCAGUAUUUUGCCAACCUUGGAGCUGGUAUGAACAAACACUACACAAAGGUCCUUAACCAAGCUCAAGUUUCUAUUAUGUUCCCUGUUGCCACGGGUAUGCCAUUCAUCUACAAGUACAAGGAGCCUACAGUGGUUCAUAUCGAAGGCAAACUAAAAACACAAGUUCCGAAGGAGAAAAACGCCGAACACUCAGCCACAUUUACAAAAGACAUCUUCUUCACUUAUGCCAGAAAUCUUGAUGGAAGUCUUGGAUACCUGGAUACUCUUGUGAACCAAUAUGUCAGCGCUGGGGUUGUCAACAAACUUCAAGUGAAUAUCCCCGUCAAGUUGGAAUUGCAAAUGAAGUCUGGUCAAUUCAAGAUCGACUUGGAACCUCUGCGUCCAGAACAAGACCAAACCAUUUUACAUUACAGCGUAUGGCCUUACACUGCUAGCCAGAAAAAAGACUCUCUGGUCACCAUUUCACUAGAUCCCAAUACUAAACUAGUUACUCGUCCCUACAAAGAAUCUAUUAUCGACACCAAGUUUGGUCAAACUGUGGGCACUGUAUUCCAAUUUCAAGGCUAUUCUUAUUCUUCAGACUACAAGAACGUAAAGAACUUGUGGAGCUCUGACAAACAGCUUUCAAAUAUUGCCUUUGCAUCUACACAGAAAGAUAUUGCUCUCACUCAUUACAACCUUAAAUAUUUGGCUAAACAGAGCCAAAAUAAACGUGUCUCUCUGACUGCUGCUUUUGAUACCUAUUACAACUUGAAAGAAAAAGCACAAGAUAAUUCCGAACCUGCUAAGAUUGAUGACGACACUCCAAACAGCUAUACUCGUCAUCAACAACUUGUGAAGAGAGUGUCUUCUGGCAUUAACACUGCUAAAGCUCAAGUUCUAGACGUCAGCGCUUCUUUCGAAGGUCCACAAAAAUCAUCUUAUGUGUUCACUUACGCCAUGGCUAACAGUUUGGUUGACCGUAAAAUACAUUAUGCAUUCUAUGCUGCCAGGAGUUCAUCACAGCAACCAGAAGCCAACAGCCAGAUCAAUGGUUUUGGAAAAGUUGUCAAACCUGAAAUUUGGAAAAUGAACUUCUUGGAGGCUCUUAACAAGGAAAUGAAGACUGUGUUUGAGGCUAAUAUUAAAUAUGGUCAAAACGGUAAAGGAAAUAUUAACGUACAUGGUUACACUGAGCGCACAAAGGAGUACGUUGAAGAACUAAAGAAACACCCUCUGGCCGAUAUGUGCCAGAAGGAAAUGACUCAUAACAACUUAUACCAGGACGCUUGUAUGAAGGCCAUUGUAUUAGCUCAUGCGCCCAACUACAUGAAGACAUCAGUUGUCUACAAAGAUGUAAGCCCGGUUGUCAGAAAUAUGUUCUACCAAGCGUACAAAAUGUUUGAACAUUAUGGCUUCUGGUAUACGCAAGUCAACCCAAUGAAGGUUACAGCUGAUGGAAAGCUUGACAUGGAGGCUAAGAUUUCGUAUUUUGAGAAAAAAAUGAACUUAGUUUUAAAUACCAGAUUGGGUGAAGUUCGUGCCAAAAAUGUGCCUAUCCCCAGAAUGUCUUCUGGAGCUUUGGCCAUUUACAAUCCAUUCCGAGCAUACGAACAUGUGUACAAUUAUUUCACCAGGCAGCAGUAUCAACCAUUCUGUACUAUUGACUCCAACGCUGUGAAGACCUUCAGCAACCGCACCUAUGAAUACACAUUGAGCCCUUCAUGGCACGUUUUGAUGCAGCACGACGGCAACAGAGUCAACGAUAAAUUGGUGGUCCUCGCCCGAAGACCCACUGAGAAACAGGAAGAGCUUUACAUUGCUUACAAGUCCAGCAACGGCAAACAUUUCGAAAUGGAAGUGCAAUCAGUUCCGGAGGGCAACAACCAGAAAUACAAAGUGAAUGUUAACACCAAUGCAAAGAAAAUCUCCGAAGGUGACCUUGCCAUCUACUACGAUGAGGUGGAGGAAAAACCUUUGAUUCAAUAUUACACUGCCCCUGAUGGUGUACUCCUGGUCUACAUCAAGGAAGAUCGUCUUCGCGCUAUGUUUGACGGCCAGCGCCUCGUGCUCCUCUCCAGCGAAGAGCGUAACAACAAUAGAGGUAUUUGUGGAUACAUGUCUGGUUCUCCAAGAUACGAUUAUUUAACUCCUUAUGGAUUGGUUGAUGAAGCCAAACAUUACGCCGCUUCAUAUACUCUCAAAGAAGAAAGUGAUCCUAAGACUGAACAACUUCGUGAAGAGGCCCAUAAAAUAGCUUACCAGCCCAAAAAUGAGUACACAACCAUCCUUCAAACAGACAGUGAAUGGAGCAAGAUCAUGCAUAGUCACUCGUCAUCUUCUUCAUCUGAAGAAGACUCUCAUUCAAAGAAUGUGUACAAAUCAAGGAGUUAUCUCAAGGAGCGUAAGGAAUGCGAAGUGCAACAACAAGUGCAGUAUUACGAGAACCACGGCGAAAUCUGCAUUAGUACUGCCCCAGUACCUGUUUGCCAGUCUCACUGUCAUGCCAACUAUCAAGAACAGCAAGUGCACGUUGUCUGCCGCCCCAAAAUCGACCAGCAGUAUAUUUCCUAUAGAGAAAUGAUACGUCAAGGUAAAAACCCGAAUGUUGAAGGUUCUCAGAUAAAGAUUAAGCAAUACAAAGUACCAAUCUCGUGCGUUGCAUAAAUUCUAUUAACUUUAACUAUACGUAACUAUCGAUUAAUUUUUAAUAGACAAUGGCUUGAUUAAUGGUUUGAUAGCGAUUUAUAUGAAAUAUAUAUUAUAUGUAUUUACAUUAUAAUAUUAUAUGUAUUUAUAAACUUUCGG